UCCUCAAUCAAAACAGCUACAAACUUCUCCUUCAACCGGAAAAGUUACUUUCUUUUUGGUGAAGUUACUUUCUUGUCGCAAGAUAGUAAUGUUCUUGCUCCUGAAGAAAUUGGUGAAGUCACAGCAGAAGAAGAAUUAAGAGUAAAACUAAAAUCAAAAUCGAAUUUGGGGGUCAGUGUCCAAGGUUCUUGCGAUGGCUUGGUUUUACUUGCGUUUUCAUCUGGUUCUUGUGAGAAAACUAGCAUUUCAAUUCUUUGGAAUCCGUCUACCAGAGAAACUAGAGUGAUUACAAACCCUCCUCUUGAUCCUGAUGGGACCAAAUGGAAACAUGGGUUCGGGUAUGAUUCCUCCAUUGAUGAUUACAAACUGCUGAGAAUUUUUCUCCCUGCAAAUGAAAAAGGAGAAGGACUCAUCUUCAGAAUAUUUGCACUUAGAACUAAUUCUUGGAAAACAAUUGAUCACCAAGACUAUUAUCAGUUGAAAGGUAAUGUUGGGUUACCUAACAGGCCAAUCCUAUUCCUGAAUGGAGCACUACACUUUCUAGUUAAGCAUAAACCGGCAGGUUCAAGUGCAAUAAUCUCUUAUGAUUUAUCAGGCAACAAGUUCCAAGAAACAUUGUUGCCUGAGUCAGAUAAGUGUAUAUUCAGCGGAAUUAAAUGAAAUUGAUGGAAGUAUAUGUUUGAUUGAACCCAGAAAUUCAAGUAGAACCACUAUAAUUCGGGUAAUCAAGGACAAGGAAUAUGAGUCUAUAAAGAUGAUAAAGCUGAAGUAUCCUUUAUACAUCUCACCAAUUCGUUUAUUCAUCAAUGGUAAACUUGUCUGGAAAAAGUUUUCACAAAGUAAGAAGCUUUAUAUUUCCGAUUUGGAAGAACGUUCAUGCAAGGAAGUAGCUUUGGCUGGUAGCUCUGUAAUGUACUGUGGUAGAACCGCUUAUGUGUAGAGCCUGAUAUCUCCCUAUUAUUAUUUACACCCAAAUUGAUUUGAUUUCGUCAAGGUUUUUUAGAAGGCAAUAGGGUUGCUGGUUUUUUUAGCUAGAAGGGAUUACAUGUUUUAGAGAGGCCAUUUUUCUUCUGUUCAAAGCUUUAGUGAAGCUGAUGGGAUUGAAUACUAUAUGCUCUUGACAAAUUUUUUA